UGUUCUAAGGGCCCUCCCAGCCCUGACUUCCCUAUGCUAAGUUCCCUCCCGGCCCUGACUUCCCUGUUCUAGGUUCCCUCCCGGCCCUGACAUUCCUUGUUCCUGGUUCUUCCUAGCUUCGCCAUUCUCAGUUCUAGGCUCCAUGGUCCCUCGUGGCUGGCACACCAUACACGUGGUCUUGCCGGCAUUCAGACAUACACUGCGCAUGCGGGGGGGGGAGCCCAGCCUCGGGCUGACUGCGCUGCAGGAGGGAGAAAGCUGAGCUGCUGUGGGACCAACCAUCUCAAGUUCCAGACCCUUACACCCGCCUCCGUCGCUUAGCAACCGCGGUUCGAUGACUCAGUGCUCGAUUCCUUCACGCUGUCUCUAUCUCUUCUUCCCCCGGGGUCCCUCGCCGCGCGCCGCUCCCCCAGGGGGCCCUUCGGAUCCGGCCCCAGGCUUCCCCGCGGAGGCCGGGGAUGCGCUGCCGGGGGCCCCGCGAAGACUGAGCGCCCCCUCCCUCGGGGGGCUGGAGUGCCGGAGCCCCCCGAGGGCGAUGCCGAGGGUCCAGGUGCCCUGACCCUUCCCCCCGCCCGCCGGGCUGACACCUGGCGCCGAGCCGAUGCAUCCCAGAAUGAAUGAGAUGAACCUGAGUCCUGUGGGGAUGGAGCAGCUCGCUUCAUCCUCGGUAAGCAAUGCCUUGCCAGUCUCAGGAGGUCACCUCGGCCUGGCUGCCUCCCCUACUCACAAUGCCAUCCCUGCCCCAGGACUGCCAGUUGCAAUUCCAAACCUUGGUCCCUCCUUAAGCUCUCUGCCUUCCGCCUUGUCUCUGAUGCUCCCAAUGGGCAUUGGUGAUCGGGGGGUGAUGUGUGGGAUACCAGAGAGGAACUACCCUCUGCCCCCCCCACCCUACCCACACCUGGAGAGCAGCUACUUCAGACACAUUCUGCCCGGCAUCUUAUCGUAUUUGGCCGACAGACCUCCUCCUCAGUACAUCCACCCGAACUCCAUCAGUGUAGACAACAGUCCCACGCUGGCCGUCUCCAAUGAUCCCUAUCAGCCCGGCGGCAGCGUUGGCUUGGAGCCGGGCAUUGUCCCUAUGGAUUCCCGUGCGGUCAGUGCACACGGGGCCCAGAGCCUCCAUCCUGGUGACAGCCACGAGGUGGCCCUGGACACCGCCAUCACCAUGGAGAGCGUCUCGAGGGUGACCAGCCCCAUCUCCACAGACGGCAUGGCGGCUGAGGAGCUGACGAUGGAGGGUGUUGCAGGGGAACACUCCCAGAUGCCAAACGGUUCCAGAAGCCACGAACCUUUAUCUGUGGACUCGGUUGGUAACAGUUUGGCAGCAGACACUGUGGGACAUGGGGGUGUGAUCCCUCUUCAUGGGAAUGGCCUGGAACUCCCUGUGGUCAUGGAAACUGAUCACAUAGCCGGACGAGUCAAUGGCAUGCCCGACAGUGCCCUCAGUGACUCCAUCCACACCGUGGCCAUGAGCACCAACUCCGUAAGCGUGGCCCUGUCUACCUCACACAGCCUUGCCUCCCUGGAGUCUGUUUCCCUGCAUGAAGUGGGCCUCAGCCUUGAACCCGUGGCUGUGUCCUCUAUCACCCAGGAGGUCGCUAUGGGGUCGGGCCACGUAGAUGUGGCUUCAGACAACCUGUCCUUUGUGCCACCAUCCCUGCAGAUGGAAGACUCCAACUCCAACAAGGAGAACAUGGCGACCUUGUUUACCAUCUGGUGCACACUUUGUGACCGAGCCUACCCCUCCGAUUGCCCUGACCAUGGACCUGUGACCUUUGUUCCAGACAGCCCAAUAGAGAGCCGGGCCAGGCUGUCUCUCCCAAAGCAGCUCGUCCUCCGCCAGUCUCUCAUGGUGGCAGAUGUGGGUGUAUGGACUGGAGAAACCAUUCCUGUUCGCACUUGCUUUGGGCCAUUGAUUGGCCAGCAGAGCCACUCUAUGGAAGUAGCAGAUUGGACAGACAAGGCGGCUAAUCAUAUCUGGAAGAUGUAUCACAAUGGCGUCCUCGAAUUCUGUAUCAUUACAACGGACGAAAAUGAAUGUAACUGGAUGAUGUUUGUGCACAAAGCCAGAAACCGGGAGGAACAGAAUCUGGUCGCUUACCCUCACGACGGAAAAAUCUACUUCUGCACCUCCCAGGAGAUCCCUCCGGAAAAUGAACUGCUUUUCUAUUACAGCCGGGACUACGCCCAGCAGAUCGGUGUUCCUGAGCACCCGGAUGUGCACGUUUGUAACUGCGGCAAGGAGUGCAGCUCCUACACGGAAUUCAAAGCCCACCUGAGCAGCCACAUCCACCACCACCUGCCGAGCCAGAGCCACAGCGGUGGCCACGGGCCUAGCCACGGCAAGGAGAGGAAGUGGAAGUGCUCCAUGUGUCCGCAGGCGUUCAUCUCGCCGUCCAAGCUCCACGUGCAUUUCAUGGGCCACAUGGGGAUGAAGCCCCACAAGUGUGACUUCUGCAGCAAGGCUUUCAGCGACCCCAGCAACCUGCGCACGCACCUGAAGAUCCACACAGGCCAGAAGAACUACCGGUGUGCACUGUGUGACAAGUCCUUCACCCAGAAGGCUCACCUGGAGUCACACAUGGUCAUCCACACCGGCGAGAAGAACCUGAAGUGUGAUUACUGUGACAAGCUCUUCAUGCGGCGGCAGGACCUCAAGCAGCACGUGCUCACACACACACAAGAGCGGCAGAUUAAGUGUCCCAAGUGCGAGAAGCUGUUCCUGAGGACGAAUCACUUGAAGAAGCAUCUCAACUCCCACGAAGGAAAGCGCGAUUACGUCUGUGAAAAGUGUUCCAAGGCUUACCUGACCAAAUACCACCUCACACGCCACCUGAAGAUCUGCAAAGGCCCGGCCUCCGGCUCGUCGGUCCCGGAGGAGGAGGACGAGGACGACUCGGAGGAGGAGGAGUUAGGAGACCCCGUGGGAGCCGAGGAGUGUGGGCUGAGCGGGGCCGUGUACACCGCCGCUGCCGACAAUGGCCUUCCCGCACAAAUGAGGCUGCCCGGAAGAGGGAGAGCCAGGACCCGCCCCCACCCCACCUUGCUUUUUUAUAUAUAAAUGCAGCUUUUUAUUUCUUUCCAGCCAGUGGCCAAAACAGACUGAAUGAGAGUGGGCAGAGCCCUUAGAGAAGCCUGUGUCCUUAUUUCCACAGCCAGGAGAG